CCGCCACCGGAAGUGCCGUCGGAGCGUUCCAGCAUGGAGCGCGAGCCGGGCGCCACGGCAGCCGCCCCUGCUGCGGCCGCGCUCUUCGCCUGGGGUGCAAAUAGCUAUGGGCAACUUGGCCUUGGCCACAAGGAAGAUGUGCUUUUGCCCCAGCAGCUGAGCGACUUCUGUAAUCCUGGAUGUGUCAAGAGGAUCACGGGAGGAGGGGGUCACUCUGCUGUUGUCACAGAUGAAGGAAGCCUUUUUGUCUGUGGCCUGAACAAAGAUGGGCAACUGGGGCUUGGUCACACCGAGGAUGUCCUGUACUUUACCCCCUGCAAAUCCCUCCUUGGAUGUCCCGUCCAACAGGUGGCCUGUGGCUGGGAUUUUACCAUUAUACUUACAGAAAAUGGUCAAGUUCUAUCAUGUGGAUCCAAUUCCUUUGGCCAAUUAGGAAUUCCUCAUGGGCCUCGAAGAUGUGUGGUCCCCCAGGCCAUUGAGCCCCUGAGAGAGAAGGUUGUUAGUAUUGCUGCUGGACUCAGGCAUGCUUUAGCUGCAACAGCUAGUGGCAUGGUGUUCCAGUGGGGAACUGGUUUGGCAUCAUCUGGACGGCGGUUGUGCCCUGGGCAGACUCUCCCACUGUUUUUGACAGCAAAGGAACCAAGCAGAGUGACAGGCCUAGAGAAUUCUCAAGCAGUAUGUGUUCUUGCUGGCUCAGACCACUCAGCUUCACUGACAGAUGCAGGAGAGCUGUUUGUUUGGGGAAGCAACAAGCAUGGGCAACUGGCUUCCCAUGCUGCUUUCCUUCCUGUGCCCCAGAAGAUAGAAGCACAUUGUUUUCAGAAUGAAAAGAUCGCUGCUGUCUGGAAUGGGUGGACACACCUAGUUGCUCAGACAGAAACUGGCAAGGUGUUUACCUGGGGCCGAGCAGACUACGGUCAACUGGGGAGGACAUUGGAGUCUCAUGAAGGCUGGAAACCAAAGAAGCAGGAUCCAUCCAUCCGCUGCUCCAGGCCAUCAAAGAGCACACCUUCCUCUCUGCAUUGCUUAACGGGAGCAACUGAGGCUGCGUUGGGUCUUCGUUGCUGCGUGCAGGCUUCUCUAGUUGUGGUCUCCUGUGGCUCAGAGCAUAAUCUGGCAGUGAUUGAUGAGAAAAAUGAGGCUAAAAGAAGAGCGUGACUUACCCAGUGGCAGAGCCAGGCUAGGGUGGCCAGCUCCCGCUGAGCCCAAGCCUCACCUCCAGCCUUCCAGAGGCUGCCUCCUCUCUCAGCACACUGAUCACCCCCUCGCGGAACCCUUUCUACAUCUGGCUUCUCUAACAUUGAACUUUCCUGAAUCUCUCCUAUCUACAUCGCCAACACCUGCUUCUGGGCUCCCUUACCAGCCUCAGAGCCUGCGGCCUGGGAGUGGAAGAGGAAGGAUUAGCUGUGCCUCAGAGGUAGCUAACCUGAUAGCUGAGCCUCAGAAGGUGAAUAGAAUUGGAUUCAUUAUACCAAGACCUCCAAAUAGAUGGCCGAGAAGGAGUGGAAACAGAGCAGGUAGAGUUUGCUCUGAGCUCUCAAACAAGCAGAUACAGACAAACCACGGUGAACCUAGAAGGGAAGGGGAGCCGGUGGCGGUGGCCGGGGAGCAGUUGCGCCGUGAGCCCACAGAAGCCGCGCAGAGGGGCCGGCCUCCCCUCGUGCCGCAAAGCCCCUCUGUACCUCUGCCCUUUGCCUGUGUCCUCCAUUUAGCCCGUGGAAAGAAUCUCAAGCGGGGAGGAGGAGAGGAUCUUUCUGAUGAUCUAGUGGGGCGAGGGGAUUGAGUUCACAGCAGAGAGGUCCGCAGUGGGAGGCACAGCACUUUUUCAGUGACCAGAAUGUCACUCCAGGUGGGGAAGAUGCUGUGGGUAGACAAGGCUGUAGCCAGCUCCUAAAGUGCCUGUUUGUCUGUGGCUUUCCCCUUCUCUCCAUCACAGUCUGGGAACCAGUACCUUGAAGCACUUGAUUAAUUAAUAAGUUUUCUGCACUAUAAUGAUCCCCUAGGUUGGAGGUGCUCAGAGGUAGGAGGGUAGGUCAAAUGUAGGUCAGAGGCGAGCAGAGGAUGAGAAUACUGUUCUUGAUUUUGAAAACCUAUAUCCAUUUUGUGUAUCCAUGUAUAAUUUUAGUCUCUUAAAUUGAUCUGUAUUAUUUUCCACACUGUACUUUUGUAGAACAUAAUCUUCCAGUAGGCAUGUAACAUCAUUCUCAAAGAACUACCUAAUGCAUGUACAUAA